AUGUUCAUGUUCAUUAACGAAACAGAUGCAUUAUUGGAGAGAAUCUUAGGCUAUAGUAAAGAUCCCCAAAGUUCUAUUCUGGUUCACAAAAUUGGAGAUCAUAUCAAAGAUACAUGUCAAGUUAUUAUCAAUACACCGAUCUCCACAACUCUAGAUCUCAACUCUCCUAAGAGAGAACAAGUAUUAGCACUUCUUAAUCUUCCAACUUCUGUCAGUGAUGCUAAAGAUCAAAUUGAUGGUGAUUGUAUCCAAGAAAUUCAAUAUGAAAAUAAUUUCACAAUUCUAAAGGUAAGUGAUCAUGGAUCCAGAUCAAUAACUUGUGCAAAAGGUAUCAAACUAUUAACAAAGUUCAUUGGGGAUACAAUCUCACCAAUUGAAAUGAUACAACUUUGUGACAAUAUGAUUGACUUGUUUCCUCAAUUUUUCGCUAUUAACAAUUAUAAUUUAUACAAUUCAAGAAGUGUGGUAUUCCUUCUUCUACAAGAAUCUUUUUAUCAAGUUCAAACCAGAGCUUGUGCAAUUAUCAGAAAUCAACAAAACUUUUGUUGUGACAAUAAUAAAGUAUCUAUUAAUUAUGAACAUGGUAUUACUUCAAAAAUGAACCAAUGUUUGAAAAAGUUGAUUACACCAUUCGAAAACUUAAAUCAUCUUUAUUUUGAAGGUCAAGCUGGUAAAAGAAAUAAAAAAUACAUGAAGCUUUUCGGAUCAUUGCAGGAAGAAUCUAUUUAUUUGGGUAUUAUUGAAGGUGUUGAGUCAAAAAGAUCGGAUCUCUUCAAAACAGAUAUCGAUGAAUUUACUGAUAACAAUGCUGACUUUCAAGUCUUCAAUAUAUUCAAAAAGACUUUUGAAAGUUUACAAAUUGAGAACAUUCAAGAUCAACUAGAGGAACUUGUGCGUUUGGAAGCUAUUGGUUUUUUUUCGAAAAAAGUUACUACUAAUGGUAUUUACUAUUCAUCCACAAUGGGGUCAAUGAAAAUUAAAAGUUUACAACACAAACACAGAAUUCCUAGUAUUAUAAUGCACAUUCUCAUUACAAAGACGUUUGAAGAAAAUCCGUCAAUCUUGAAGCCAGGAUCAACAGUUAACCCUCUCUAA